AUGCAACUCUUCGUCCGCGAUGUGGCUGGGCAGACGCUCGCGCUGCGGGCGGAGGCUCAGGCCAGUGUGGAAAGCUUGAAGACACAGAUCGCCGAGAUCCAGGGCCUGCCAUGCGACGAGCAGCGCCUGAUCUUCGCCGGGCGAUCCUUGACCAACACCGAGAGCUUGCUGGAUGCCGGCAUUGAGGAUGAGUCGACGCUCUUUCUCUCCUUGGACUUGGAAGGAGGCGGCAAGAAGCGAAAGAAGAAGACGUACACCAAGCCCAAGAAGAUCAAGCACAAGCGCAAGAAGGUCAAGCUCGCAGUCCUGAAGUUCUACAAGGUGGACUCCAACGACAAGGUGACACGCUUGCGUCGUGAAUGCCCGGACGAGCGCUGCGGGCCCGGUGUGUUCAUGGCCAUGCACUUCAACCGCUACUACUGCGGAAGAUGCCACCUCACCUACUUGAUCAAGAAAGACGGCUAG